CUGUAGUCUAUACAAGAUGGCGUAUGUGGUUGUUUUGCAGCUACGAUAUUGAGCGAGUUGUAGUAUUUGUCGUCUAAAUUAAUUAAUUGUUGUAGUGUAGUCUCUUUGUAAGUGUUUGUUAUAAGCCGUAGAGUCGCAGAAUAUCCACCAUGAAAGGAAAAGAAAGGUCGCCAGUGAAAAAACGCUCAAGGGCCGUGGACGAUGUUCGAGACAGAGGAGGAAGCCAUCCGAGCAGUAAGAAAAUGGGGGUUGUGGCGAUUUCUGGCGGAAGCAACAAUGGAAAUAGCUCUUCCAAAAGCGAAGGAGGUUCGGCGAGAAGGAGUUUACUUGGAGAUAAAAGGGAUAGUCGGGACUUUGACGGACAUGCUUCUAGUCGUACGGGAAACAGUCAUAGCUACACCAGCCCCGUUGCUAGCGCUAGCAGCAAGAAUCACAACUCGAGCUUGUCGCUCGAAGCGGCCGCGAGAAGCAACUCGCGCUCAGAUCAGCGCAGUCAGCUCGCCGCUAACGAGAGUGAGUACAAAACCCUAAAAAUAAGCGAACUGGGGUCGCAGCUGAGCGACGAGGAGAUCGAGGACGGCUUGUUUCACGAGUUCAAGAAAUUCGGCGACGUGAGUGUGAAAAUUAGCCGCGUUAACGACGAAAGAAUCGCUUUUGUGAACUUCAGGAGGCCCGAUGAUGCCAGAGCGGCGAAACACGCCCGAGGUCGCCUGGUGCUCUAUGACCGCCCUCUGAAAAUCGAAGCGGUGUACAUGAACAGGAGAAGAAGUCGAUCACCCGUGGAGAAAGACCACUUUUCUGCUGUGGCUGGCCACAGACAUUUGCACACCCAGCGGCCUCUGUCCCCUACUGGACUCGGUUACAGGGACUACAGGCUCCAGCAGUUAGCACUUGGUCGACUCCCUCCACCCCCACCACCUCCCUUACCCAGAGAGCUGGAGCGAGAAAGAGAGUUUGCCUUUUAUGAAGCCAGAGCAAGACCCACUUAUAUUGCUGAACGAGCUGCUGCCUUUCGCGAAGAGGAUUUUAUUUCUCCUGAGGACGACCAAAGAGCUAACCGAACGUUGUUUUUGGGUAACUUGGACAUCACAGUAACAGAAAAUGAUCUGAGGAGGGCAUUUGACCGCUUUGGGGCCAUCACCGAAGUGGACAUCAAGAGACCUGCCCGGGGCCAAAACAGCACAUAUGGAUUUCUUAAGUUUGAGAACUUGGACAUGGCCCACAGAGCAAAGAUCAGCAUGUCAGGAAAAGUGGUUGGCCGAAAUGCUAUUAAAAUUGGUUAUGGAAAGGCGACCCCAACGACACGCCUCUGGGUGGGGGGCCUGGGACCUUGGGUUCCCCUGGCUGCGUUAGCAAGGGAGUUUGAUCGCUUUGGCACUAUUAGGACUAUAGACUACAGGAAAGGGGACACGUGGGCCUACAUUCAGUAUGAAAGCUUGGAUGCUGCUCAAGCAGCUUGCACACACAUGCGUGGUUUUCCUCUUGGAGGCCCAGACCGACGACUCAGAGUGGAUUUUGCAGACACAGAGCACCGCUACCAGCAACAGUUCCUCCAGCCGCUCCCCCUGCCCCACUAUGAGGUUGUGGCUGAGUCCUUUGUUCACCGUGCAGCUCCUGAAGCCAUCAGGGUCAGAGAAAGAACUCCUCCGUCACUGCAUUUUAGAGAACGGGAGCUCUAUGCUAGUGCAGAGUGGCCAGCCCCUGCAAUCCGCGAAAGAGUAAGAACUCCUGCUUUUGAACCACUGGAGCACUUGGAACGAGAUCGACGGCCAAGAGAGCCAUGGUCCCUGGAGCGGGAGCUGCCGAGCAGAGAUGCUGCAAGAAAACGGCGCCUUCUAGAGGAUGGACGACACCUAGACUGCUCACCCGACAGCAGCAGCGAGUGGGCAGUCCGGCGCCGGAGAGCCCCAUCUACCGAGGGCAGCCCAGGUGGUAGCAGUCGUGACGGUCGCUUCAGUGACUCUGAGCGGCCAACGAGAGCAGAGCGGCUGUCUCCGGCACGAGAGCACCGCGGCAGCCUAGACAGGGUUCCUGGAGAGAAGCGCCUUAAGAGCAGCAGCAGUCUGUCUGAGUCCAGCAUUGGUGCAAGCCCAUCAGAGAGAAAACGCAAAGCAAGUGAAGUGAGCAAAGGGCCUUCAAAGAGAGAGAGAGCUGAAGGGAGCUCUAAGGGCAGUCAGUCAUCCAAGCAGGAUGCUGGUGGAAAGCUGAGUAUGGCUUGGAAUGGAAUGCUUCUCCUGAAGAAUAGCAAUUUCCCAGCCAGCAUGCACAUCCUGGAGGGUGACCUGAGUGUGGCCAACACCCUCCUGGUUGAUGGCAGCACAGGAGGGAAGGUGACCCAGCUCCGCAUCACACAGCGCCUUCGGCUCGACCAGCCCAAGAUGGACGAGGUGUCACGCCGCAUCAAAGUGGCAGGCCCAGGCGGGUAUGCCAUUCUCCUUGCAGUUCCUGCCAACUCGGAGGAUACAUCAUCUUCCUCUUCAACAGAUCCAGCAACUUCGACCCAGCGUCCUCUGCGCAACCUGGUCUCGUAUCUGAAGCAAAAGCAGGCAGCUGGGGUAAUCAGUUUACCUGUGGGGGGCACUCGCGAUAAGGACAACGCGGGGGUGUUGCACGCGUUCCCACCCUGCGAUUUCUCUCAGCAGUUCUUAGAUUCCUCUGCAAAAGCUCUUGCCAAAACGGAAGAGGACUAUCUUGUCAUGAUCAUUGUCCGCGGAGCUUCCUAACAGUCAGAACACAAACAAACAAAAAAAAAAGCAUUGUUAUAAAAAAAGAAAUGUCUCAUUUGCAUGCUCUGUUAAGCUUGGUGCAGCAACUAUAGUUUAAAACAGUUAUUAAAAGGAUAUGUCAUCUGUUCUGCCAAAUGAAAUGCAUGAAAAACAUGCCUCAUAUAGCAAAAUUGGGUUUCAUAUUGCAAUAUUUGCUCACCAAUGUAAGUUGCGUUUCCAAACCAAAUCAUUGUGAUACUGUACAACUAUUCGAAAGUGUGAAAGAGGAAAGGCAGACACAACUUUGAAAAUUGAACAUUUACACUGUACUGCUGAGAAUCUUAUACAUGUUUGUUUAGCCAUUAGAUUGUAAGCAGUUCCCUAUAUGGAUAUUAACAAGAAAGUUGGUUCAUGUAGGUAUAUUAUAUAUAUUUUUUAUUUAAAAAAAAAGGAUAUUGAGUCAUUGUGGUUUAACGCUUGGAACAAUCAGUUAAUGAUGAAGAGAAAGUGUAACAUAGGCCUAGGUGUGUAGUUCUAUAGUUCACCUAAAGCAGUCCAGGUAUUUCUCACUUAAAACUGCAUGUUGACUGUUGUCCUGUUUUGAAACCGUUACGGGGUAGUUCACAGUUCAAAAGUUUGCAGACUAUAAUGUAUACACAACUGUACUUUAGUAUUGAAGUGUUUAUCAGUGUGUAACUGGGCAAGCGUUUAACAAGGCUACAAAUUGUUUUCAAGAUUUUAUAAUGCUCACGGCAUCUUAUAAAAUGAUUCGGUGAUUUAUUUUUGUCUUUUAAUUCUAACAUGUUUCAAAACCACCAUUUACACAGACCAUCGCACAUAGCUUAUAAUUUAGAUAUCCUCUUGUAUUUGUCUUUUUGUAUUGACAAGAUCAUCUCAAAAACUAGUUCUCUUGAGACAUUUUCACUUUGCUUUUUGAUCUUCCCAAAUAAUUUCUGUUUGGGAUUAGUAAUGUAGUCGGCCACUAGUUUCUACUGAUUUCAAUGCUUUUAUUGUGUUUCGUUUUUUUUUUUUUAAUUAAGCUUGCCCGUAGAACAUGGUACAAAAAUUCAAAGAACGUUACAAAGAAAACGUGAUAGAAUAGCAGUAUGUAAUGCAUGUGGCUUUUUCAUUUUUGUCAGCAUUGACCUCAGUUUUGUUCAAUAUGCCACAUUAAAGGAAUUGUUAAAUUGAUGUCCAGGUACUGAAAUGUGAGUGGAAAAGUGUUCCUUCCAAUUUGCUAAACAUAAUAAUGCCUAUGGUGAUGUAAUUCUGCUAUGCUCUAUAUUCCAUAUGUACUAACACACUUUGUCAGCUUGGCACAUACUUGAAGCGGGGCUGUACAAUUAAAGGUGAUCAAAGUGUUUAUUUUUUUAGUACAUUAAUAAUGAUUAUGGUUCAGCGCAAAAGCACAAAGUGCUGUAAUUUUUCAGAACAUGUGACUCCAGUGAUCAUACCACUGAAGAGCAUGAAUUAAUUAUUGAAUCUACUUUCUGUUGUAUGCUUAAUUGUGCAGCCCUACAUUUAAUUAUGUUUUAAGUUGAAUAACCAGUUGUUUGGAUAUUCUGUUAUAGACACGCAGCAUACUUUUCUAAUCCCCUACAUCAGAAUUUUUGCAUUUCUAUUUUUUUUUUUUUUUUGCGUAGUGUCUAGAGUCUGAUUUAGCAAAUGUGUUAAUUCCAUCUGUAUUAUGCCAUCUAUCAUUUUAAAAUCACACUAAAUUGCAUUUUUUUAAAAAGCAGAUUGGUUUGUGAAUUAAGAUAAUUAAGCUGUUCUAUAUGUAUGGAUGAGUAAGAUAUACUGUACUUUCAGUAGACAUCUCUCAGGAUGAAAAAGGACCGUUGCAACAAAGGACUUCUCAUGUCUGGAAUCAAAAUGAUUGAGUUGAUACAGGAGCCCUUUGGAUGCAGAGGGACAAGAGCUUUCCGAUUAGUGAUUGUGUAUUCUCGCUGAGAGAGCAGCUUCACACUUGUGUAAAUGUUUUUUUUUUUUUUGUGCUUACACUUCCCAUAUUUAAACGGAAAUAUGACCAUCUUGCUUUGUGGUGUGUUUACCUGGUUUCUUGAAGGAGAGGAAAAAAGAGGAAUCGCUCAUUCACAUCUCGCACAGCUAAGAAAUAGCUGUCCACAUACACACAAGUGCACUGGCACUUAUUUGAUUUUGUCUUGCUAUCAAUAAAUUGUUUCAUUUGAGGGAGAAAUGUUCAUUCGUUGGAAAUGAAUCGAAGACCAUCUCCCACUGCUUUGCGGUUGUGUUUCGAUGGAAUUGUUGCUGAUUUUGUUUCUGCUCAGGAAAAAAAAUUCCCAUAUGUGGAUCAGUGAUGACAUUAAGAGCCGAGAGCAUUUUUAUUGCCGUGUUGUCGAUCAGUGUUUUCCAACCUUGUGUCCUGGAGUUGCUAAUUAACAGCCCUUGCACACUCCUGCCCUAAACCUCCCCCUUAUUCCAGAGGGAAGCGAGAGCAGAAAGAAGGGGGAUUUUGCUACCGUGCUCUCUGUAGCAGACUUGUGUGCUCUGCUGUUGACCAAAGUCAGAGGGGAGCUGUUGAUUGCACAGAACUUCAAAUAAGAUGCGAGUUUUGUUCCAGCACUGCCACUGGUGUCCUCCAAGGUUCUUCCCUACCUGCAUCCACUGGAAGAGGUCAGGUCUACUGUAACCCAACUGCUUUGCAUUGGCAGUGCAACCACCUGCAAAUUAAAGGUCAAAUUUGAAUACUUUUCUAUUUCGGUGGAUCAGGCAUUUGUUUACCCCAUCUUUUGGUUUUUGCACAUUUUGAGUUUAUUUUUCUCCUCCAUUGAGAGAUCAGUACAGGAAGAGGAUUUCCAUGAUCAGAAAAAGAAGAGCGAUUAUAGAAAGUAAAAAGCCCUUCUGGGCCCUGAAGGCUAGACUGAUAGAUUUGACUUUCUCCAUUUGCAUUUGUGACAGAAGUAUUAAAUCCAGACCUGUUUUAAAUUGACCUGAAAUUCAAGUAUUGCCAACUAGACUGACAGUUUCCUCAAACAGCACAAGUUAACACAUGGAAGAGAUGCGUGCAAGAAGCUUCAGCUGGAGAAAAAGGCCUCCUUUCUUCCUUAGUAAGCUGUUGUGUUCACCUUCAUCACCUCUCCAACAGGUCCUCCAGCAGCGAGUGCCUGCCCAAUGGUGGUGAGUAGGGCUAGUGUGUUUUAUACCAGGGCUGAUUCUCAGAGCCUGUCUGCUAAAGGUAAGUAUCAGUGCAGGACAGAGUAACUUGCUCAUGUAGGAUUCAACUGUUUACUUUUGCCACUAAACUGACAGUUCCACAGAUUAUACGACCCCAUGUAGCUGCAUUAUUAAUAUGACCGGAGAAGAUUUUUGUCCAGUUAGUUCCACAUUUACAUUUAAUGUAUUUAAACCUGAAUUCAUCCAUGGACUGCUUGAGCUGACAUGUUCAGGAGUAAUUAAAAAACAAUCAAUCUAAAUUCAGUAUUUUAAAAAGUACCUCUUUGCUGUAAGUUUAAAAACAAAACACUGGUUUACUAGGCAGGUUUAACUUGUAAUUUUUGGCCAUAAAUCUACCCAUCAUAUUUCACCAGUAUGUAGGAUUAACAUGCUUUAGAGGAGGUAAGUCUUGAGCAUAUGGGUAUUUUCAGUGGUGUAUCACUUUUUCAUGCUGCCAUUUAGGUCAGGACUAGGCUUAAUUUGCAGAGAAUGGUCUGAAUAGUGACUCCCUAGGGACAGUUUGUUUUUAAAGGUAGGUUUGACUGAUCUCUGGGAAACUGUCAAUAAUAUAAAAACUUGUAGGACCAAACUGACUCGAAAUAUUUGAAUAUAAAAGCUCAUAAUCCUUUCCUAUGCCCAUGUGAAUAUUAUCCCUAGUGUAUAAUUUACUGACGAGAAGGUGGUAACAAGACGAUCCCUAAAAUAACAUGAAUCCUUCAGUGCUGGCCAAUUUCUCUAGAGCUGUACAAAAAAAAUAGGCCUUGUUGAGCUGGAGCUUCACACGUUCCCACCAGAUUAUAGUCCAAACACAUUUAACCUGUGGAAAUAUGCUCUUUGUCCUUAGAGUGAUAGAUGAGCCUUUAAGGAUUUGAAUGAUGAUGGUUUGGCCUAUAAUUUGGUUUUAAAAGUAGACACACUGUGGGUGCACAGUGGCAUCCAUGGUUUAAAAAAAAGUCCACAUGAGAAAUAAAUCAGAAAUUGUGCUCUGAUGGGUAGCUUUUCAUUUGGCAUCAUAUCACCAAACCUGGUUUUGGAUUCCACUACACUGCACAUGUUAAAACACUCCUCUGUGUGUGUGUGAGAGAGAAAGAAAGAAACAAGGACAUUAGGAAAGACUGAUCUAUUCCUGUAUGAAUGAAAAAUGUAAUUUUAGAAAAAGAAUAACAUACUGAAUAUGAUCAACUGACCUAAUCUUCUGACCAAUACAGAGAUUCCAGUUGAUGUAAUUAUUUAAACCAUACAUACUGUCUGCCUUGGUACAUUUCUGUGAGUCAAGUCAGAAGAAUAGAUGCUUUUAAAUUUCUUUGCCCUUGGAUAGUAAUAAAACAGUACGAAUGCACAAUGAUACUACCAGUAUAUAAAAGGCUUUAUAAAGAUGAUUUGAUUUUGGUAAUUAGUUAAUACGGUGGUACUUAUAUUUAAAUUAAUGAAUUUGGGGGGACAGCAUAAAGUGUCUUAAGUUAUGAGCAGGUUGAGUGCUCCUCAUCAUUAUACAAGUCUCUGGAUCUGUCCUGGAGGAAUGACCAUUUUUCUAAAAGAUAACACUAACACAGCAGUCAAUAAUCCCCCAUAGGUGUUCAGUUGGCUAAAGGUCAUAGCAUAUUAAGUCACUAGAUGUGAUUUGCUGAAUUUUCAUACUCCUGAAGUUGUUCAGUGAGCUGUUGUGGGAGGGAGGGGUGUCUUCCUAGAAGAGACCCCUCCCAUCGUGAUAGAAAAGUUUCCUCAUGAGAUGAAAGUAAUCAGUCAGAAUUACUUUGUAAUAAUUUGCAGAGACUCUUCCCUGUAAGGCACAUGUUCCCAACCCUGGUCAUGGAGUACCCAUUGUCCUGCACACCUUAUUUCUUUGUGAUGUUUCUUGGUCUAAAACAACUGAUUCAACCAACCUGAGUAACAGCCCUUCGUGAUUCAAAGUGGGUGUGUUAGAGCAGGGAAAACACUUAAAUGUGCAUGACACCAUGACUGAGAUUAGGAAUCUGUGCUCUAAGGGAACAAAUGGAGCCAGGCAAUGCUAACAAAAUGCCUCAUACAGCAACAGGCUUCCUGUUGUCAUCUGUUCUUUUACCAGAUGUACAGUGUGUCCGCGUAUACAGAAUUGGAUGUUAGAUUUGACAUCUAUUUAAAGAUUAGAAAUGAAUGAUAAAUCUGCAGCACUUCCUUAUUGUAUACAUGUAUUGACAUGUAUAUCAUUUAAAAUGACACUGUUAGUGGUGAAUAUGAUGAACAGUUGUGAUCUGCAAUAGAACUGUGAGCCUCAAGUUUUUAAAAUCUGACCACUUUAGAAAAUAAGUGUCAGUCAUUUUAGCACAAGGUAAAAAUGGGGCUUGAGUCUGGGGAAAGACUAGGCAUUCUGCUGAAGGUACAUACUUUAAUAUUUGAAACUGUAUAAAUGGUUGAGUUGUAGACUAAGAUUUGAUUUAUUAAUACUUCCCUGUUUGACUGCACAGUAAUGUUCUGCACUGAAUCUUUUCUAGGCUGCUGUGAGAAACUUGACCACAACUGCUGUAAUGAAGUGGAGAGCAGUUUGUCUCCAUGAGUGCACUGUGGGGUAAUCUUCUCUUUUCAUUUUUGAUGCCAAUGCUUUAUUAUUAUUUUGGAACAGUACCAGUGGUGGUGAGAUUUAAUUGUGAGCGUCGGUGCAGAUCCAGUUCAUCUUUUAUUCAAUAAAGAAUCAUGAGCUACGAUUAUUGCUUCCAAAUCGUAAGUAGUUGUGUGUGUGUGUGUGUGUGCGCGCGUGCAUGUAAGCUUUAGUAGAAAUUUUGUUUUUGCAAUUGCUAAGUGUUAUUUGGGGAGCUUGCUAAAAGGGGGGCAAAAUGUUUUGAAUCAUACUGAUGCCAUGUAUAGCUGCAUAUUUGUAUCUGAAAUCACAAUAAAAGCAAUGUUUUUCUA